AUGGGUUCUAUUGGCACGGAAGCGCGUCGGUCAUGGUGGAAGGAGUGUUCAGUGUACCAAAUUUACACUCCCUCCUUCAAAGACUCGAAUGGCGAUGGCAUCGGGGAUCUUCGCGGGGUGAUGAGCAAGUUGGAUUACAUCCAGAGCCUUGGAGUAGACAUGAUCUGGCUAAACCCGGUCUUUAAGUCACCGCAGGUGGAUAUGGGCUAUGACAUCUCGGACUACUUCGAUAUUCAUCCGCCGUACGGAACGGCCACAGAUGUGGACGAAUUGACUGAGGCUGUCCACCGGCGGGGGAUGAAGCUGGUGAUGGACUUAGUUGUCAAUCAUACUUCGGACCAGCACCCCUGGUUCCAAGCAUCCCGGUCUUCCCUAGCCAGCGAACAUCGAGACUGGUAUAUAUGGAAAAAGCCCACCUUCGACGAACAUGGCAAAUCACAGCCACCAAAUAACUGGGCAUCCUAUUUUGGAGGGAGCGCCUGGGAAUACGAUGAAGCAUCUGGGGAAUAUUACCUCCAUCUGUUUGCUAAGCAGCAACCGGACCUUAACUGGGAAAACCCUACCGUGCGGGCAGCUGUCGAGAAUAUCAUGCGAUAUUGGCUCGACAAAGGAGUUGAUGGAUUCCGUAUGGACGUGAUUAAUUUCAUUAGCAAACAAAUGCACUUUCCGGAUGCGCCUAUCACCAACAAAAAUUCGGUUUGGCAGAACGGUGCCAAAUACUACGCCUGUGGCCCGCGCCUGCAUGAAUAUCUUCAUAAUAUUGGCAAGAUUCUGAAAGAGUACGAUGCCUUUUCGGUUGGAGAGAUGCCUGAGGUCAACGACUGCGAUGAGGUUCUCAAGGCCAUUGGUUUUGACCGAGAAGAAUUGAGUAUGAUCUUUCACUUUGAACUGAUGGGGCUUGAUCACGGAGCUGGAGGAAAAUUCACGCCCAGAAAAUGGAAAAUGCAAGAACUCAAAUCAGUCGUGUCCAAGUGGCAGAAGGUCAUGCAUGAGAAGAGCGGUUGGAAUGCCCUCUAUCUCGAGAACCAUGACCAACCUCGCGCAGUAUCUCGAUUCGCGAUUGAUCACCCUCAGUAUCGCGCCUUGUCGGCGAAAUUGUUGGCAACUUUUCUUGGUUUCCAAAACGGCACGGUUUUCAUCUAUCAAGGCCAAGAACUGGGCAUGGCUAAUGUUCCCCAUGAUUGGACCAUCGACCACUACCGAGAUAUUGAAACUCUGAAUCAUUGGGCGGAGUUCCUGGCGACUAGAGGGGAGAAAACCGCUUCUCAUACGGCUACGCUGGCAGAAUACCGGAAGAAGUCACGGGAUAACGCUCGCACGCCCAUGCAGUGGGACAGCUCUGCGCAUGCGGGCUUCUCCUCAGCAAUCCCGUGGAUUUCAGUCCAUGAAGACUACCCCGUCUGGAACGCCACCGCUCAGGUCGCCGAUGCAAAGAGUGUAUACCAUUACUGGGCUAGCGUACUUCGACUCCGCAAGUCCUGCCCCGACGUUUUUGUUUACGGAUCGUUCGAGCUCGUCUCUCGAGACGAUGCUGAAGUUUUUGCAUAUUCUCGACAUUCUUCGACCAACACGGCGCUAGUUGUCUUGAACUUUGAACCCCGAGAGGUCUCCUGGACCAUGCCAAAGAACCUAUUCUGUGGGCAGGCCGCUGAGGUUUUGUUAUCUAACUAUACUCGUUCAAAGGCCUCCACCAUUGCUUGCGAAACAUUAACCCUGGCACCGCUGGAAGCUUUUGUCUUGCUGGGCGUAACUUCGUCUUCGAGGCUAUAG